GGGAAGCUGUCCUUGGAGGAAUUCCAGCUCUUCUUUGCAGAUGGUGUCCUCAGUGAGAAAGAACUCGAGGAUCUCUUUCACACUAUUGAUUCUGACAACACCAACCACGUAGACACCAAGGAGCUGUGUGAUUACUUUGUGGACCACAUGGGUGACUAUGAGGAUGUCCUGGCCUCCCUGGAGACUUUGAAUCACUCUGUCCUGAAGGCCAUGGGCUAUACCAAGAAGGUUUACGAGGGCGGGAGCAAUGUGGACCAGUUUGUGACCCGCUUCCUCCUGAAGGAGACGGCCAAUCAGAUCCAGUCACUGCUGAGCUCAGUGGAGAGUGCAGUGGAGGCCAUCGAGGAACAGACCAGCCAGCUCCGACAGAACCACAGCAAACCCAGCCACAGUGUGGCACAGACCUGGUAUGGAAGCCCCACUCCCGCCUCGGCCCCCAACCACAAGCUCAUGGCCAUGGAACAAGGCAGGAGCCUUCCAUCUGCCACUGAGGAUGCAAAGGAAGAGGGUCUGGAAGCCCAGAUCAGCCGCUUGGCAGAGCUGAUUGGGAGGCUGGAGAGCAAAGCACUGUGGUUCGACCUGCAGCAGCGCCUCUCAGACGAAGAUGGCACCAACACGCACCUGCAGCUGGUCCGACAGGAGAUGGCCGUGUGCCCCGAGCACCUCAGCGAGUUUCUGGACUCCCUGCGCCCGUAUCUGCGGGGGACCGCUGGAGCGGGGAGCUGCUUCCACAUCACUGCCGUGAGGCUGUCAGAUGGCUUCACCUUUGUCAUCUAUGAGUUCUGGGAGACGGAGGAGGCAUGGAAGAGGCACCUGCAAAGCCCCGUGUGUAAGGCGUUCCGGCACGUCAAGGUGGACACACUGAGCCAGCCUGAGGCCCUCUCCAGGAUCUCGGUGCCAGCUGUUUGGUGCACGGUGGGACGGGACUGAGAGCCUCCCAGAGGCCCGCGGAGGAGCCCACCCCUGGCCCCUUCUGCUUGGGAAGGACAUCCCCUGUUUUCUAGAAGCUGGUGCAGAAGCUGUCUUUUCAGUCCAUUCUCCACAAGGUGUUUCCCUGCCGUGACUUGAAGGAGGCCUCCCCUGCCCCCCACACGAGAAGGCAGAGCAGUCUCUGUGCUGCCAGGUCCUGGUGAAGUCCAAGGUUGUGGGUGAAGGGGGCGGCUUCCUGGAGCCAGCACCCCCACCUCCUGGUCCUGGCCUCUCCCCGACCCCUCAGACGGCCACGCAUGACCCGCACUCACCACGCCCUGCCCUCUUCAGUGACAUUCUUCUACCUGGUAGGAGUCAUGACCCUGUAGUGCCCAACCUAGCCAGGCCACCACCACUGGGCCCAGGCACCAAAUAAACCCUGGUUGGGAA